GUUCUGGCCGCGACAUCUCGAGAGUCGAUUGUUGCUAUAUCACAAAGCGGAGUAUAGAGAAUAUUUCACAUCAUGGCCGACGAUACGCGGGGCGCCACCACAUCUGCUCCCGAGCAAAGGAAUCCAGAAUCGCCGAACACCACAUCCGAGUUUACGUCGCAAAAAAAGUUGAAGCAUGAGAUCCCUCAAUCACAAGUCGGAAAGCUAUGGGACGCAUUUGGAAACCCUGAGGAGCCUGUCAACAUGCUCCCAUCUGCUGGUGUCAAGUCCGGAAAGAAGCAUGCUGACAUCACUGUCACCGAAGCUAUGAAGUCGAUGUCACUGGAGAAUGCUUCGUCUUUUUACAAAGCACCUUGUGCCCGGGAUUCGUUGCUCAUCGGAAUCGGAGCCGGGUUCGGUAUCGGUGGAGUGAGGGGUGUCAUUGGAGGGUUACCCAAGAUCUGGACCGCCUGCAAUUGGGCCGUCGGUGCGUUUGCCAUUACUUCCCUCGCAGCACAUGAGAUCUGCCAGCGACGUCGAGUGCAGGAGUUGGACGGCAUGAAACAGGCUGUCGAGCUUAUGAAAGAGCUCAAGCUCAAGAAGCAGCGUGAGAAGGAACAGAAGGAAAAAGAGGUCGCCCGUCUCGCGGAAGCAGAGAGGCAACGGAAGAGUUGGACCAACCUUUCCAACUAUAAGUUCUGGUAGAUUCAUUAGUCCAUUGCGCGGAGUCUUGGAGUAUGUUUUCAGGAU